AUGGGCGCGGCUGCUCAGCAUGCAAAGCAGCUUUCACGUCGGUCGGAGGCGCGAGCGAUACCCGCCCCCUCGCUCGCGGAUCUCGUCUGCCUGUCGCCCGACGCUUGUUUCGAGUUCCCUGGACGAAGUGGAAGCAAUUCUGCAAGUCACGACUCCCAGACUACCUCCGCCGCCACGUCGGUGGGAAAUGCCGGCUGGCGUGCUGCAAGCGGACCAGCUAGCCCGCACAGUUACGGACCUUUGCCUGCGCUGCUCCCUGCCAGUGCUAGACUGCUCAGGGUUUCUGUGAACCAGACCACAGUGAACACGAUCGAAAGUCUUGGUGGCAAGGACUCAAAGUACACAGCAGUGCGAAGCCGUUACCGCUGCCGGCGAAGCCGUUACCGCUGCCGGCGAAGCCGUUACCGCUGCCGGCGAAGCCGUUACCGCUGCCGGCGAAGCCGUUACCGCUGCCGGCGAAGCCGUUACCGCUGCCGGCGAAGCCGUUACCGCUGCCGGCGAAGCCGUUACCGCUGCCGGCGAAGCCGUUACCGCUGCCGGCGAAGCCGUUACCGCUGCCGGCGAAGCCGUUACCGCUGCCGGCGAAGCCGUUACCGCUGCCGGCGAAGCCGUUACCGCUGCCGGCGAAGCCGUUACCGCUGCCGGCGAAGCCGUUACCGCUUCGCCGGCAGCGGUAACGGCUUCGCCGGCAGCGGUAACGGCUUCGCCGGCAGCGGUAACGGCUUCGCCGGCAGCGGUAACGGCUUCGCCGGCAGCGGUAACGGCUUCGCCGGCAGCGGUAACGGCUUCGCCGGCAGCGGUAACGGCUUCGCCGGCAGCGGUAACGGCUUCGCCGGCAGCGGUAACGGCUUCGCCGGCAGCGGUAACGGCUUCGCCGGCAGCGGUAACGGCUUCGCCGGCAGCGGUAACGGCUUCGCCGGCAGCGGUAACGGCUUCGCCGGCAGCGGUAACGGCUUCGCCGGCAGCGGUAACGGCUUCGCCGGCAGCGGUAACGGCUUCGCCGGCAGCGGUAACGGCUUCGCCGGCAGCGGCGACCGGCGUGUGAGGCGGCGACUUUGCAGGAAAGAUGUGUGGGCUCGGCUCAAGGAACGCGAGACACAAAACAAGGAGAGGAGAGGAGCGACCUGCAAAAACGGCGCCCCCAACGCUGCCGCCGAGGUCACCAGGCGGACGCUCCCGCUCAGUCCGGAGCCCUACAAGCAAACGCUGGGCACGCUCCACAGUGCCUAG